AUGCUUGGCACAGAUGAGUUUGAAAUCGAGCAACAGUUUAACACCAAAGAAGAAGCUGUACUAACAGUCAAAGGUUACAAUAUUCGUCGUGGUAUAGAGUAUAAAGUGUUUGAAUUUGACCAAUUGAAGUAUUAUGGAAAGUGUGUACAAUUCAAGAACGGAUGUAACUGGCUGAUACGUGUGACUAUGCGACAGAGGAAAGGGUACUGGGAAGUUAGAAAUCUCGGUAAAGGUGUUGCACAACGCGGUCUCGUCAAGUUUGGUUUCAAGCCCAGCUACAGGAAGGUUUGGAUGGCCAAGCAGAAGGCGGUUGCUCAUAUAUAUGGAGAUUUGGAGGAGUUUUACAACCAUAUACCAAGGUGGAUCAUCGAGGUUCAGUUGUAUCUGCCUAGCACGAUAGCCAUGUUGCGUACUUCUCAAGUGAGGGCAGGUAAUACGGUGGAUGGAGCGAGGGUUUUCUUUCAUCGAUUAUUUUGGAUGUUUCCUCCCUGUGUUGAGGCAUUCAAGUAUUUCAAGCCACUGAUUUCUAUCGAUGGUACCCAUUUAUAUGGGAAGUAUGGUGGUACUCUGCUGAUGGCGAUCGCACAGGAUGGAAACUCCAACAUUCUCCCAGUUGCAUUCGGUUUAGUCGAGGGUGAGAACCCUGGCACCAGACUUGUCCGCAAAAAGCGCAGUUAA